AUGCGUGAGGGGGUGACUAACCGUGGCGGGGUGGCAGGCGAGGGCAGUGCGGCGCGCACCCCCGUCAAGACGUUCCAGGCGUACCUGCCACCGGCGCACCGCACCUACAGCUGCAUACACUGCCGCGCGCACCUUGCGAGCCAUGACGAACUUAUAUCGAAGUCGUUUCAAGGCAGCCAGGGGCGCGCGUAUCUUUUCAAUUCAGUUGUAAAUGUAGGUUGCGGACCGGCCGAGGAGCGCGUGCUGCUGACGGGGCUGCACGCCGUCGCCGACAUCUACUGCGAGUGCUGCAAAACGAUGCUGGGCUGGAAAUAUGAGUACGCGUUUGAGUCGAGUCAGAAAUACAAAGAGGGCAAGUUCAUAAUCGAACUCGCUCACAUGGUGAAAGAGAACGGGUGGGAUUGA